ACCAAAACCAAAAAAGAGAGACCAGACAAAAAAACAAAAACAAACCCUCCCACAAAAAAAAUAUUCUAGUCUCUCCUCUCCAACCCGAUGUCUUCGGGAAACGAAUCGACGCCGUCUCAGGCGACGGUAGAAACGACGGCGACGUCGCCGGCGAAGAUUAAAGAGUACCCAAAACCAUUGGCUUCUCAUGAAGAUGUCGUUAAAGAUCUUUCUCUCUUCUGGGAUACUCUUAGGCGGUUUCACUCCAUUCUGGCCACCAAAUUCAUGAUUCCUGUGAUUGGAGGAAAAGAACUGGAUUUGCAUGUUUUGUAUGUGGAAGUCACGAGGAGGGGAGGUUACGAAAAGGUAGUUACAGAGAAAAAAUGGAGGGAAGUUGGAGGAGUGUUUAGAUUCUCUCCGACGACAACAAGUGCUUCUUUUGUCUUAAGGAAACAUUAUCUCAAUCUUCUUUUCCAUUACGAACAAGUUCAUCUCUUCAAUGCUCGUGGUCCUCUUCUUCAUCCCACAGCUACGUUUCAUGUCAAGGAUCCUUCAACGAGCAAGGAAAUGGCUCUCGUUGAAUAUACUCCUCCAAGCAUAGGAUAUAAUCAUUCUCAUCCACAUUGUCAAGGUUCUUCGAGUUUUACAGCCAUAGGUACAAUAGAAGGCAAAUUCGAUUGUGGUUAUCUGGUAAAAGUAAAGUUGGGCUCGGAGAUUCUUAAUGGCGUGCUUUACCACUCGGCCCAACCCGGCCCACCGUCACCAGUCGCUGAUCUAAACGGUGCCGUAACACCUCAUGUGGAAAGUGGGAGGAGACGUCGCCGUUUGGGUAGAAGACGGAGAAGCAGACGCAGAGAAGACCCAAAUUACCCGAAACCAAACCGGAGCGGUUACAAUUUUUUCUUUGCGGAGAAACAUUGCAAGCUCAAGUCUCUUUAUCCAAACAAGGAAAGAGAGUUUACGAAAAUCAUCGGCGAGUCGUGGAGUAAUCUCUCAACUGAGGAACGAAUGGUUUAUCAGGACAUUGGAUUAAAGGACAAGGAGAGGUAUCAGAGGGAGUUAAACGAGUACAGAGAAAGGCUAAGGCUCAGGGUUGCUGAGGAGACAAACGGCAGGGCUUUUUAGGUGGUUUAUAUUAAACGGCAGGUCAUUGUUGUUCUUCGUCGUCUCUUUCUUAGAGAAUCGGAUGCUUCGUCGUCUUUUCUAACUUCCCGUUAUUGUAGUUGUCGUUGACAAACUAGGCCCUGUGAGGCCCAUUUGUAAGGUAGAUCGACUUGACAAUAUAAUUGAUUAGCCGUCUCUUUUGCGGAUUAAUGUUUUACCGGGCGUUUCCUCCUUCCCGGCAACUGGAAAACUGUUUGGAUAACAUCUUUCUAAGCUUUUGAUACAUUCUA